AUGAUUGAGCAUCGAGGCGAGGAGGUUAUAAUCUGGAACUGUCAAGGGGCAGCUUCUAAGCAAUUCCUUAGAGCUGCAAAGUGGCUGAUUAGCAAACAUCAUCCGGACAUCCUUUGUUUAGUCGAGACCAGGACGUCUGGGUAUAAUGCAGAUGCUGUCUGCACCAAUUUGGGUUUUGAGAAUUGGGCGGAAAUCACCAGUAGAGAAUGGAAUUUCUCAGUGGUGUACGGAAGUCCAUCACCCCACCUCCGCCGAAGACUUUGGACUGCUUUAAGCAGAAAUACGGUGCAGAUUAACCACCCGUGGUUGAUAGUUGGGGAUUUCAACGCCAUUGUCAACAACGAUGAGUGUCCGAAGUUCACGUGGCGGCGGGGCAAGGAGGAAGGGACGUUCAAAGGCGCUAGAUUGGAUCGUGUUCUAUGCUCGCUGGAUUGGUUGGACCUUGUGACGACUUCGAAGGUUAACCACCUUACGACUUUCGAGUCCGAUCACAACCCUCUUUUGGUUGAUCUUGAUACGAAAGAAACUAGGCACACAAAUAGCUUCCUGUUCCAAGGUGCCUGGACGAACCAUCAUUCUUUCAACCAGCUUGUCAGUAAUAAUUGGAAUGGGGAUUUGUCUGUUUGGCAAAAUAAGGAUGCGAUGGCAGCUAAACUCAAGCAAUGGAACAGAACAGUGUUUGGUAACAUCCAUCAUAGGAAAAAUAGGUUAUUGCGGCGUAUCGAGGGGAUACAAAAACUCUUUGACCAUGCAAGGCAUGCAGGCAUUAUUAAUCUGGAAAGAAAAAUUAGACUAGAGCUGGAGGAUACGCUACAGCAAGAAGAGAUUUUCUGGUAUCAGCAAGCGAGGGAGGAUUGGAUAGCUUCGGGGGACCGAAACACCAAGUUCUAUCAUGCUGCUACGAAGAGCAAAAAAACUAAAAGAAGCGAACCAACCUUCUUGGAUAAUGAUGGUAAUACCAUGAAUGAUAGUCAUGAGAUCAAAAUUGCUAUUCAAAGCUAUUUUACUAAUAUUUUCACUAAGGAUGCGGAAGCAGAUUUAUGUCGUGUCCCUCAUGGAAAUUUCCCUCGGCUUUGUGAGAAUGAUUGGGAAAUUUUUAAUGCUGAGUUUACUAUAGAAGAGGUCAGAGCAGCUCUUUAUGAGAUGAGGCCGCUCAAAGCCCCGGGACCGGAUGGCUUUCACGCCAUGUUUUACCAAAAGGCUUGGCCCGUGGUUGGAAAAUCUGUUUUCAAACAGGUGGAUUUAUUCCUUAAGUCCGGAGUGAUGGAGGAAGGCAAUGACCGGUUAAAACCCAUUCUUAAGAAGCUUGUUGGACAAGAGCAAAGCAGUUUUGUUCCAGGCAGACAAAUAACGGACAAUAUUUUGCUCUACCAGGAAGUGAUGCAUUCCAUGAGGACCAAACAGGGCAGCAAGGGUUUUAUGGUGCUCAAAAUAGAUCUUGAAAAAUCCUAUGAUAGGCUUAAUUGGGAUUUCAUCCGUGACACACUUAAAGAUGUUGGCAUGUCUAAUGAUUGGACAAUUCUCAUGCCAGCCGGAAUAUGGGAAGAGAUAGACAAGAGGAUCCGAAGGUUCAUUUGGGGAGGAACCCCGGAGGUUAGAAAAUGUCAUCUAGUGUGUUGGGAAGAAGUCACAAAACCAAAAAGGCUUGGAGGGUUGGGCAUUCGAGCGGCGAAGGAUAUGAAUAUGGCGUUCAUGGCGAAACUAGGGUGGCAAGUCAUUACAAACAAGGAGAGCAUGUGGGUCAAAGUUCUCAAGGAGAAAUAUGGUCAUGGGAAAGUAAGCAUUGACGCGAUCUCUACCAAGCCGGUUUGCUCAAACGCAUGGAGAGGAAUUGUGGCGGCACUCCACAUCGUCGAAAAGGGAAUUAGAAGCCAUGUCAAAAAUGGGAGAAAUACUAAUUUUUGGACUGACGUCUGGUUAACUAAGGAGUCACUACAUCACUGUGUUCCUGAUCAUGCACUUACGAAGGGGAUUGCCAAUAGGGUGUACGAUUACUGGCAAACUGAUCGGGGAUGGAAAUGGGAGAGAUUAACGCAUCUACCACUUCAAACUAGACAGGAACUUCUCCGCGUUACGAUACAAGAUGGAGAGGGAGACAAUGAACACUACUGGAGCCGGGAGGCAUCAGGUGAGUUUUCAGUCACGUCUGCGCACGAUUUGUGUCACGAUUAUCCGACCGACAUGCAGGAAAAAUGUUAG